UAUAAAACAUGUACUGACAUAUGGAAGCGUAAAUCAAAAAUAUAAGAAAUUAUCAAAAUAUUUACUUGCUGUGCGUUUUGUAAAAAAUACAACUAAGUUUAACAUGUAUAAUAUAAGUUCUAUUAAAACUUGAAAAUACUAAUAAACUGACUGGCAAGAAAGCUAUUUGAAAUAUUGCCGAAUAAUCUCGAAAUUUCUGGAAGGCUGUUUUCCUCCAGCCUAUGAUGUCUUCUCCGCCAUUCCAUCAUUUCGGUUUUUACCACGGAACAAAGAAGAUCGCUCCGUUGAAGAUUCGGAACCCUAGUAUUCAUCCAUCUCAAAUAAUGCCUUCACCUAGUGGUGUGCCGUUUAAUGUUAACGAUAUGCCCUGGUGCUAUAACGGGAAACCAGGUCAACUGAUGGAAUUCAAUGCGGUUAUUAGAGCUAGCCCGAUAAUGCCAGGACAGCUACAAAUGGGACAAUUUAUGUCGCUACCGCAUGGAACCGCUGCCAUGUGUCCGGACAUUCGCAAACGAAAAACUGAGCCGGAUGUAGCGCCGAUCCCAUCAAAACUGUUCCUUACUGAAGAUGCAAUGGCAUCGCAUCUGAACAAUUUACAUUUGUCAUCGGAGUACAUAACGCACAAUAUCGAAACAACAUCGGGUGAUUUGCUGGCAGCAUCGGAAAAUUUUUCACCAGGUUCGCCACUGGACGAUGAAAUGUCCUUUGGAGAAACACCAGUCACAAACAACCAUCACAUAUUCAUGUCUCCGCAGGAGUUGGAGGAACGUCUCCGGAAAGCUCAACGCAUUUCUCUAUGUGAAGAAGUUAGACAGCUAGAUAAACAAACCGAAAUAUUACCACAAGCAUUGCUGCAACGGAUUGAAAAACCCUGUUCCGCAUUAGUACUUUGGCAACCACCUCAGACCCUAGAGAAACUUGUUACGAAAGUGAGUGAGGCACUGAAGAAUAAAGAAAAGAAAAAUGAGCAGGAAGUAGCGGAAUCGCGUAGGCCCACUAACGAAAUGACGGGGAUGAUGGGCAUUGAUGACACGCUUCCCGAUCUGCCGGAUUACGACGAGGAUCUUGACUUUGAGGAAAAUAAUAAUAAUGUAGCUUCGAUGGGAGAUCUCAACAAUGUCAUGGAUAUUGAAAUGUAGUUCAGGGUGAAAUUUGGAAUGUGAAUGUGACGCGUCCGUGAAUGUGAGCUUUUAUUGGCAUAUCUGGUUAAAAUUCUAUCAUGUUAGGUGUGUUGGUAAUCAGAUUGUCAAAGAAACUAUUUGUUUCCCCAUUUGGCGUGUGUAUGUAAACAUCUCUUAUUAAGUAACAUUACCCAAAAAGCCGGUUUAUACUUUUUGGUGAUUCUUGUAUAACAAAUAUAGAAUGUCGAAUCGA